AAACUUUACGAUAUCAGUUGUUUGAUUAGAUACUUUACUCCUUCACUCUUCUCUAAACUUCUCAACCGCUCAACAUGACUCCAUUUCAGUCCAAAAAGCAUGAGCAAUGGCAGUGGCAGCUCCGCUCGUCUCAGAGCUUCAUUGUCAUUGUGGUUUCGCUAGCGAUGUUGACGGACAUGUUCAUGUACGGCAUGAUUGUCCCCAUCAUGCCCACGGCCAUUGUGAAUCGCGCAGGUGUCCCGGAUGAGGAGAAGGUCUUCUGGACAAGCGUCCUUCUAAUUUGCGAAUCCGGCACAGCCUUCAUCACCAGCCCUCUCUUCGGCUACUUUGUCGACGUCUCCCAAUCACGCCAAUUCCCCUUCCUCCUCGGCUUGUUCCUCCUCACUAUAUCCGUGAUAUUCCUCACCGUUGCGCGGUCCAUGACGGGUUUUAUAGUUGGGAGAUUCCUACAGGGUGGCGCCGCUGCUAUGGUCAAUGUAGCAGGACUAGCCCUCGUUGUGGAUGUGGUCGAUAAGGAACAUCUGGGAGAGAUACUGGGGUAUUUGGGCACUGCUAGUAUGAUUGGCAUUAUCUCGGGACCGCCGCUGGGUGGACUGGUAUAUCAUGCUGGUGGAUAUUACGCCGUAUGCGCUUUGGCGUUUGCCAUGAUUGCUGUCGAUUUGGUUUUGCGGGUGGUGGUUAUUGAGAAGCGGGCUGUAGACCGCUUGGCCAAACCAGUUGAUUCACCUGACGACGGCAAUGAUAAUGACGCUAUUACGGAAGUGUCUGUAAAUGGGUAUGCGUCGUUUCCUCGGGAUCAGAUCGAGGAUGCUGUACCCCAGUCCGAGAGCAAGGGGGGCUUUGCUAUCUUGACGCUGUUAAAGCAACCACGGAUGUUGAUCACGUUGUGGGCUUUUGUGGCAGAGGGGAUUGUUACGGCUUCUUUUGAUGCGACGUUGGUCAGUUUCGUGGAGAAAACAUUUGGAUGGGGCCCUUUUGAAGGAGGAAUCGUCUUCCUCUUACUCGCAAUUCCGGCGCUCUUUGACCCAGUGUUCGGAAACCUAACAGACCGCUACGGCGUCCGCAUAAUGGCCAUCCUCAGUUUCGCAACCGCAACCCCCGUUCUCCUCAGUCUCCAAUUCGUCCAAAACAACACCCUCUCCCACAAAAUUCUCCUCCCAACCCUAGUCACCCUCGCCGGCCUCACCACCGACCUCGCCCAACCCGCGCUCUUCCUCGAAACCCAACUAGUCGUUGACAGCAUGGAAGCCCACAACCCAGGCGUUUUUGGUGAGAAGGGAGCCGUGGCACAGGCUUUCAGCUUACAGGUCAUGGCGAGCUUUGCGGGUCUUAUGCUGGGGCCUAUGGUGGGUGGGUUUCUGAGUGAUCGGUUUGGAUGGUCAGCUAUGGCGUGGUCGUUGGGGUUGUUGACUGCUGUUACGGCUGGGCCAAUGGUGUUUUUGAGUGGUGCUGGUGCUGGUGCCUCCAGUGCCAGUGCCGAUGAUGGUGAUGAGGAACGGGGUGCGGGACAGCGAGAGCCUCUAUUGGAGGGAGGAUGGUGAUCGUGUGAUCUCUUUCUUAAAAUGCCACCAGGGUGAGCAUAUAACAGCGCGGGGGCUGAUGUGAGCCCGAUGGAUCUCGAAUCGGACUGAGAAAUGGGUGCGAAAACGGCCAGAAAGGGAAAUAUUUGCAUUUUAUAUAUUUAGCUCAUUACACGUAGUAUAGCUACUUAGGAUUUUUACAAUGACACUGCAUUGCACUACAGAUGUGCGCAGCUGACUGGUC